AGCCCAAAAAUAGAGGGUUUGGCUCAACAGUGCUUCCUUUAUAUAACCACAGAACUCCAUCGAAAACUAGGGUUUACAUUUUUACACUGCCGCUUUAGCAUACUCUUCUUCUCCGAUUUUCUCCAAGCAGAACUAAUUCUCGAUCACCAUGGGGAAAACAAGAGGAAUGGGAGCUGCCCGCAAGCUGAGGAGACUCCGGAUCAAGCAAAGGUGGGCUGAUAAGCAAUUUAAGAAGUCUCAUCUUGGGAAUGAAUGGAAGAAACCCUUUUCUGGUUCAUCCCAUGCUAAGGGAAUUGUUCUUGAAAAGAUUGGUAUUGAGGCUAAGCAGCCCAACUCUGCCAUUCGUAAAUGUGCUAGGGUUCAGCUUAUUAAAAAUGGGAAGAAGAUUGCAGCCUUUGUGCCAAAUGAUGGUUGCUUGAAUUACAUUGAGGAGAAUGACGAAGUCUUGAUUGCUGGAUUUGGACGUAAAGGUCAUGCUGUUGGUGAUAUUCCUGGAGUCAGGUUCAAGGUCGUGAAGGUUUCUGGUGUCUCUCUCCUUGCUCUUUUCAAGGAAAAGAAGGAGAAGCCUAGGUCUUGAAGUUGUGGGAUGGCUAUCCUCUUUUUUCUUUAGUUUCGUUUAAAAAUUGUUAUGAAUUAUGCUUCCUCAGACUAAAUGAGUUCUAUGGACGAUUUUGUAUCUGUUUUAGUACUAGUAAUGUUUCUGAAUUUUGUUUGAUUUAUAUGAUAAAAUGUUUUAUAUCCUCC